AUGUUGGGUAUGGCAGGGAUGAGUUCUUACUGGAAUAAAUUGGGGAGAAAACAUGUGGAGACCCUAGCAGGUCGAGAAGUCACAUUGUUGGAACGGUUGCAUCGCAAACUUUUGGCAAGUUUUGAUUUAGUCACGGAGGAAAUUACCAUUCCUAAUUCUCCGUCUCAGUCGGAGUCUAGUAUGGACUCUGCGAUGAAUUUUACUGUUCAAGAAACAACUAUGCAUGUGAUUCCUUCUCCCUCCAAGAACAUUGUUAAGACGGAACCAGAUAACAUGAAACCCCUACCUUCAUCUAUUAGGUCAACGUUAUGGUCUAAGAGGAAAGCAUUUGGGGAAAAGAUUGUUUCUCUUGAAGGAGUGAUGAAUUGUCCUGACAAGGUAAUCGAUUUUUCCUCUCCUAAGUGUAAGAGAACCACUCGUGGGAGUGAGUCAAAACCAUGUGAUUUUCCGUCAUUUGGGGGUCAUUCCUCUUCUGAACCUAUCAAUCCGGAGCUUGCAUAUGAAAAACUUGCAACAACCGUUCUUCACGAAUGUCUGGUGGUUACCGAUACUGACCUUAAGCAUGCCGAAGAAAAUGUUCCUUCCUUUGAGGUUGAGCCCCUGGGUCUUGAUGCUUCUACCUUUUUGACUUCAUAA